UUGAAUCCUCAGCCAUGAUGUCAGCUGUUAUUAUCCCGUGACCAAUAGGAGCGCGGGGUUGGUUGAAGGCGGGAUCCUUUGAAAUGCGCUGAACUUCCGCUCCGGUCAGAAACACACGGAAGUACAGCAGGUUCCUGUUUUCUAUGAAGUGUGAAUGGCUCAAAGCUACAGAACCUUCUUCGCCCAUGAGUACCACAUUAUAAUCCAGUGAGGAUAAAACCAUCAUGGAGCAGGUGUACAGGCUGCAGCGGGAAGUGGGACGGGGCAGCUAUGGUGUGGUGUUUGAGGGUCACGUGAUGGAGACAGGCUGGUGGGGCUGCAGAGGAGACACGGUGGCCAUCAAACGUCUGCCCUGUUGCAGCCCGGAGAGCAUCGAACUCUAUUUGCAGGAGCUUUGGGCCAUGAGAGCCACCGCCAGUAGUCACCCAAAUGUCAUCGCCCUUCACAGCUGCCUGCUGCAGACAGGCCCGAAAAUGCUGCAGCCGCUGAAAUCGGACAAGCUGCCCCUGGACCUCGUCGAGAGCGCCCUCAAAGGAAGGGUAGUGGACAAGGAUUCAAAAAGUCAAGCGAGAAACCCGGACAGGUCCAGGAGGAGCCCGGUGUCCCCAGGGAAGCCCCCGGAACGCUGCUUGGCGCUGUGGCUGGUCAUGGAAUACUGCGAUGGUGGAGACCUGAAUCACUACAUACUGUCUCAGAGUCCAGACAUCCAGAGGAAUCUCCAGGUGGUUCAGCAGCUCAGCAGUGCAAUGGCUUUCCUGCAUGGAUUGGGAAUAGUGCACAGAGACCUCAAACCGGCCAACGUGCUCGUCUGCCUAACUCGAAGCGGCCCAGUGAUCAAGGUGGCUGACUUUGGCCUGAGCAAGAUGGUCGAAGGCCCUGCAGACGGAGAUCAGAGCAGACUGGCCCUUUCUUCCACGUGUGGAUCCGACUUCUACAUGGCCCCUGAGGUGUGGGCGGGACACAGCUACACCGCCCAGGCAGACAUUUUCUCACUAGGCGUCCUCUUCUGGGCCGUGCUGGAGAGAAUCACCUUCCUGGAGGACGGCUCUAACGAGGAACAGCUGGGAGCGUACGUGGAGAAGGGACGAUGGAUCGCGCCGCUCGGAGAGGCUUUAUGUCAGAACCCGGCUCUGCAGCUCGUAAUCCCCUCACGGACACGACGGGCGCCGCCGUCGCCCCCGACUCCCAGCCCUGAAUUGUGUGCCCUGCUGUUGGACAUGCUGGCGUUCGACCCCGAAACCCGGCCCACCGCCCUACAGCUGCAGGACAGAGUUUACAGUACCAUAGACACUCGGUGAUCUCCGAACCCUUUUCCUUCUUCACUUGUCAUUUCUUCCUCAGAACUCGUCCUGCUUCCUUCAUCAUGGAUUACGACUUCUUAGGCUUUUAAGUAGAAACGUAUUAGAGAUGUCUAGCGUUUAUAGCGUUCGCUUACAUGCCUGCAUUUAUGGAUUGUUCAAAUAUUUAAAAUAAUAAAAGCUUGCGAUUUCUCUGUAGCAAAACGCUAAAAACAAUCGCAGGCUCGAGAGAAAGA